AUGUGUCACUGCUGCCGGAGGCUCGGCCACCACAUGGACAUGUGCCCCAAUCCUCAGGACAAAGUGUGCCGUGGUUGUGGCGCCCUUAACCCAGGCCCCGACCGCCAGUGCUCCCCCCGUUGCAAGCUGUGCCGGGGAACAAGCAUGACAGCGGAUCGCAACUGCCACGCAAGAUACAAGACAUCUUGCGUCGUGACAAAAAGGCAAUGGGAACGACACAGGGCCGCCGAGGAGGCGGCCGCCAGAGCCACCAGCCCCGCCGGCAAGCCCCGCUCGAAAUCUAGUACCCGCAGCCGAGGCCGCUCCCGGUCCCGGAGCCGCACCCCAGACCCCCGGCUGCAGCAGCAGCAACGCCGGUCUCGCAGCCGCACCCCCAGAAGGACCCCAACGAGAGAAACCGAGACCACCGAGAAGCCACAGUCCGAGGACUCGCAUUUUCUGAACCUCCCUUAUCUGGCUGUCUCCUAG